GGCUUGCGACGAAAGGCAGAGGGCAGGUAAUGCGCGCGCACGUAGCCGCGCCGAAUCGUGCUGCCAAUAUUUCACCGUAGAACGCAGAGAGCGCGCGCCACACGCGGUAUCGACGAAAAUCAAAUGUGUAUCACACCCGUUGAACCCGUUGUAUAAAAAUUGAUGAUCAGUGCGUUUCACCAGUGUAAACAUCGAAGAGUCUCAGCUGGAUCACAAUAUUUAGGAUCGCAUUUCUUUAGCUGUGCUGUGCAGAUGAGAUAUAUCUGUUAUGACGCCACGAAGCUAGACUCCCCGAAUUAUACGUACUAUGUCAUCGCGGUAGUAUGGCCAGCAAAACUGGGUUCGGCGGGGUGCGCUGAGCGGGCGCAUGUGGUCGCGGACGGCGCGGCUGCUGCGGCGGUUAGCGCUGCUCGCGCCGUUUGUGUUAACGGCGCUGGCACUGCUGCUGCUGCCGCGCCCCCCGCCCUAUCGCGCCUCGCGGCUGCCCUCACCACCACCAACUGCGCAGCCCCGGGACGAUGUAUACAUACAUAACUCCAUAACGGAAAGCGAGGAAGUGAACUAUGUUAGAGAUGAUACUUCAAUGCGACCUUGGUACAUGACAGGGGGGGAGAGACGACCAAGGAGCCAUGAUAAGCAGGCCAGGGUUUUUCCGGAAGACCUACCUGGAGAAGACAGGAUCGUCGAACAGCUUAUGUAUACAUUGCCAAAAGACGAAGAAGUUCCUAUGAAGAAGAUAUUGCUAGCUAACGGUUUAGGUACGUGGGGUGUUUCGGGAGGUCGAACGGAAUUCAUCAGGAACAAAUGCCCAGUGGACAGAUGCACCCUAACCGCAGACUCCAGGGAAGCAGCUUCCGCGGAUGCCAUCUUAUUUAAGGAUCAUCAUACGCCGUAUAAUAUCAAGCGUCCAUCUCAUCAAAUAUGGAUUUUAUACUACCUAGAAUGUCCCUACCACACCGCGUCACUACGGCCAACGUCUAUCGAUGUAUUUAACUGGACAGCUACCUACCGGCGAGAUUCUGACAUCGUAGCGCCCUAUGAAAAGUGGGUCUACCAUGACCCUAUUGUCACCGAGAAAGAAUUAGAGCGGAAUUACGCGGCUAACAAGACUAAAAAGGUGGCGUGGUUUGUUUCAAACUGCCACGCACGCAACCGUCGGCUGCAGUACGCAAGGCAACUCUCUAAAUACAUUCCAGUGGAUAUAUAUGGAGCUUGUGGGCCUCAUCAUUGCCCCCGAACAGACCCAAAUUGUCUGGAGAUGUUGGAUAAAGAGUAUAAAUUCUACCUCGCCUUUGAGAACUCCAAUUGUCAGGACUAUGUCACCGAAAAAUUCUUUGUGAACGGAUUGCAACAUGACGUGCUUCCAAUAGUUAUGGGUGCUCGGCCCGAUGAAUACGCAGCAAUAGCGCCGCACAACUCAUACGUACAUGUGGAAGAGUUUGCCAACCCAGAAGAGUUGGCAACGUAUCUACGCCGACUCGACGAGGAUGAUACGCUUUACAACUCCUACUUUAAGUGGAAGGGCACUGGUGAAUUCAUAAACACAUACUUCUUUUGUCGUGUAUGCGCAAUGGUUCACGCUAACGCGCGUAGACAGCGAAACGCCCAUUACACUGACGUUCAAGCGUGGUGGCGAGACGCAACUUGCACGCGCGGCGAUUGGCGGUCAACCGUGCGCGACUCGCGCGAUAAAGUCUAGGUUGAAACUACCCUCAAAUUAAAAAUAAUGCUACCUACUUAAAUACGCCUUCUCCACGUACACACAUCUUUCAUAGCGCUGGCGCAUUUUAAUAUCCCAGUUAAGACUGACAUAUAUUUCGUGGGGAAAAUAGUAGAGUCGUUGAUGAAUGUGCUUCGCUUGUGUCAUAUGUAUACGGUGGUUCUAUGAUAUGGACGACCUAAUUUUCUUUGAUAAAGAUGGUGUUUCCCAGAGGCAUUAUAGAUAUUCCCAAAGUGAAUGUGUAGUAGGAUCCUCGUCCAUUAACUUAGAAAUAUAUGAAGUAAAUCUAAUUCAAAUUAUUUUGAAGUGCAAUUUAAGAAUUAGUGAUCAAUGUUGAUGUGCGCUUGUAUGUCUGAAUAUAAUAUAGUAAACAUUGUACUUAACAAAUUAUAAAUGUGAAAGGUUCUAAUGAACGUACAAAAUGGUUCCCGACCAUACUACAAUAUAGUAAAUUUAAAAUUAUAUUAUGUUAUUAAUAUAUAUUGAAUACAUCACUGUUAAUUAAUAUUAGUUGUGUAAGGUUAUUAAAAUUUAAAUUAUAGUAGGUACUUCAAAAAGGCAACCUCUUGUUACUUCUUUAUUUUUUAUAAUUUUUAUGAAUAUAGUUGUUUGAAUGGCUUUGUUAGUUAAUAUGAAAAAUAUCAUAUAAUUGAUUUAAUUUUAAUUUACCAUGACUACACAGGAGAUAUUUAUUGUUUUUUGUUUGAUAAUGUCUACUGUAGUAAUUUUUCAUGUCUGUUGCUCACAAAUUCAAUAAUAAAUACCAAGAAUCUAUCUUAUAACAAAUUUACAGUGAAAUGCUUCGCUUUAUACACAUCAAAUUAAUGCCAAAGCAUUAAUUACUAUCUUUACAAAUGUUUUAAAGUUUGGUACUUUUUUAUAUAUAUAAGUUUGUAUAUUUUUGUUUACAUUUUUAUUAUUAAUAAAUACCUGGUUUGAAGCCCACAGAUAGUUACCCAUUGUGAGAAUCACAAAUAAUAAGCAUGCAUUAUUAUUGAAAUCGCCUUUAAAGGCAAACAAUGAUAAAUUUUUAAUGACAAACGGUCAUAGGAAAACAAAUGAGUAGCCUCAUUAUUUAAUAACAUUCCAUGUAAUUACUAUGCGUAAAAUUCUUGUUUAAGUUUGGCUCUACGAUUUUUUUUAAAACUCUAGACUGUAUAAAAGCUGACAGGUAUUUCUUAGUUAAUUAUUUGAAAUAAGGAAUAAUUUUACUUACUUGUACCUAGCUAACAUUGUAAUCGUAAUAUCUUUUAUAUCGAUGUCCUCAAACAUUCCUUGAGUUAAUUUAUACUUUAAAAAAAUAUUAAGCUCAAUUUGUCUAGUCUUGGCGCCAAUUUAAAUUGAGCACAAAAUUUUGUAGAAAUUCAUUUUAAUAUUUAAGUUUAGCACAAUUUACAUGAUACAAUUUUAUAUCAUUUGCAUUUUUGUAACUUAUGUACUUAUUUAUAGUGUAAUUUUAUAGAAAGGUUAUUAAUAAUGUUCCUUGUUUUAUUAUAUUAAGUGUAAAUUAUUCUAGAUG